GCACCCACAGAGCUGCCAGAAAGUUUCAACGGCCUGUGUACACAAAUUGAUUGUCUCGCUGAUAAAAAUACAAAUUUUGUAAAUAAUUGCUUGAUAUAUUCAAGUCAAUCAACAAAUCCCGAUUAAAGAUCGAGCUAUGUGAUUACAAACGAUUUUGUAACAAUAUAAUCCCGCAACAUGGCUGACGCCUACUGCCUGACGAACUUUAUUGAUUUUUCGCUGUCGCUGUCUCUGCCGCUGAAACACCACAAUCGUAUCAAGUACACUUGCUUCGACAUAUCCGACAGCUAUAUCAUUUUCGGGGCCUCGUCCGGAUCGCUGUACCUGUUCAAUCGGAACGGCAAGUUCCUUCUGUUGAUACCAAACAAGCAUGGAGCGAUCACCAGUCUCAGCAUUUCUGCGAAUAGCAAAUAUGUGGCUUUUGCGACGCAACGAUCGCUUAUCUGCGUGUACGCCGUGAAUUUGUCCGCCCAGGCGACGCCGCAGGUCAUCUUCACGCACCUAGACCAAUCUGUGCAGGUGAACUGCAUCCACUGGACACAGGAUGAGAAGCAGUUUUACUAUGGCGACUCCCGCGGACAGGUCAGCCUCGUGCUGCUCUCCUCGUUCAUCGGGCAUAGCCUUUUGCUGAACAUGACCGUGCAUCCGCUGCUCUACCUGGAUUCCCCAAUAGUCCAGAUCGACGACUUCGAGUCCCUGCUGCUGGUGUCUAACUGCACCAAGUGCAUUCUUUGCAACACGGAGUAUGAGGAGUACAAGCAGAUAGGGAAUCGUCCGCGUGAUGGAGCCUUUGGAGCCUGUUUCUUCGUCUCACCACAGGAAUCUUUACAGCCAUCGCGAAUCUACUGCGCUCGACCUGGCAGUCGCGUUUGGGAAGUAGACUUCGAAGGAGAGGUGAUACAGACGCACCAAUUCAAGGCAGCCCUGGCUACUGCACCGGCAAGGAUUCAGAGACCUGGUAGCGGCACAGACGAACUGGAUGCCAAUGCCGAGUUGCUGGAGUAUCAACCCCAAAACCUACAGUUUGCCAAGGUCCAAAGGCUAAACGAGGACUUCCUGCUUGCAUUUACAGAGCUUGGAUUAUAUGUGUUUGACAUUAGGCGAUCGGCAGUGGUGUUGUGGUGCAAUCAGUUCGAGAGGAUCGCUGACUGUCGCUCUUCAGGAUCGGAGAUCUUCGUGUUCACCCAGUCGGGUGCACUAUAUAGUGUCCAGCUGCAAACGUUGCAAUCGCACGCCAUUUCCCUUAUACAGCAAUCCAAGUUGCUACCCUGUGCAAAUCUUCUUCGACAGCAUGUCCGAUAUUUUGCAGACAAGGCUCGGGAAGAUUACGAGCUGAAGCAGCUAAAUCCCCUGAAACAAUUGCUUAUCGAGCGACAGGAGUAUGAACUACUGAAUGAUAUAUCCGUGAUUUUCGAUGCCAUAACACAGUGCACAGGCAGUGCUUUGGAUACGCAUAGUUCAGGUGGAAGUUCGGCUACCACAGAGCGCAGUUUAAGCGGAGGAAGUUCAGCAAAGGCGCCACCUAAAGGAGUGUACGUUUUGGAGAAUGCAUUUUGCGACAACCUUAAACAGCCGCUUAAGUCGGGACACUUCAAGGAUGCCCUACUGACGGUAACUGGUAAAUUCGGAAAGAACAUCAUAAAGUACAAGUUCAAUAUUUUCGCCGAGGAACAGCAGCAGCUGGUCAGGGAACUAAUUCCGGCCAGCGAGCGUUCUCUACCAUUCAAGGACGUCAAGGCGCGCUACGAAUCCGGAUCCGAGGAUCAGGAGGAGGAGAUUGUGAGUCGCUGCAGAAAACCGGCCCCGCAGGCUCCGCACAUUAGUCCCGAGGAGAAGACCCUGUACAAUCUCUACCUGAUCGCAAAGAGUGCCAAGUUCAGUCGGACGCAGUGCGUCGGUCGUUAUCGGGCGGUAUUCGAUGAAUAUGCAGCGGGGGAGUUGGUGAAUCUACUCGACAAACUAUCCCAGGUGAUGGUGGAGCAUGGUGAUACGACGGACCAAGCUCAACGCAACUGCUACGAGAUGUACUUUGAUUACCUAGAUCCGGAGCUUAUCUGGGAAGUUGACGAUGACACAAGGGACUACAUAGCUGCUGGAUUUGUACUGCUAAAUGCGCCUGAAAAUGCUGAGAUUGUAAAGUGCGAGCAUUGCUCGUUCCCUCUCCGUUUCGAUACCUCUUGUCAAUACCACGAGCUGGGAGCGGUUCUCCUGCGAUAUUUCUGGUCCCGCGGUGAGCAGCUUAAAUGCUUCGAUGUUGUAAAGUCUGUUCCGGCUCUUCUAGACGUCUUAGCUAAAUUCUAUCUAGCCGAACAAAAUAUCACCAAGGUGGUGGCCAUCGUUCUUAACUAUGGACUACCGGAACUUCUCGCGGACGUUGGCAAGCAACUGAGCGUUGGCGCUUGGGGUCGCUGUUUUGAACAGUUCGUGGAACUCCAACGCGGCGGACGACUGAUGUGCGCUAAUUGUGAAUGCAUCUCUGGCGUGGAACAGGAGCAGCUGGGCCGCCAUUUCUUUUACAAUUGGAAUUGUUUCCUUAACAUUGCACUGGAUCACAUGUCUGCGAGAGAUACGCUUGCGUUGAUCUUUAAGUGGAGCUCAUACAUUCCAAACGACGCCAUCGACCGGGAGUUCUACUCCCGCUGCCUUCUCAAGGGCUAGGUGAUUUGGCAUUAAUAUAAAUAUAUAUAUACGAUACUAUAUAGCCAUAUUUAUUGUUCCACUAACUAAUCUCAAGCUGAGGCCAAUACCAAAAGCAUUUAUUCUAUAUAAACAUGUACACCCACGAUAUGUAUGUAUAUUCUAAAUACGAAAAAGCGCAUGAAUAUAUUUGAGAGUUCGAGAGUUCGAAAAAUCGA